AUGGGGGAAAAGGGAAGUGAAGGAAUUCCCGGGAAAAUUGGUCCACGAGGCUACAAAGGCUCUAAAGGAGAAACAGGAAGCAAAGGCGUAAAUGGUGCGGGUAUCCCUGGGUUCCCUGGCCCCAGGGGUCCCAAAGGAUACAAAGGAGAAAGAGGAAUCGGAACAAAGGGACAGAAAGGAGAUGGAGCAAAUUUUGACCCAAGACAGCUGGCCAACUGGAAACAGUGCGCAUGGAAUUCACCAACGGAUACGGACAGCGGUAAAAUAAAGGAAUGCUCUUUUAACAAACUGCACCAAAAUACAGCCCUUAAAGUCUCAUACCAAGGAAACAUUCGUUUGCACAAUUCCAAUGUCAAAUGCAAGAGAUGGUAUUUCAAGUUCAACGGCAAUGAAUGCAGCGGACCUUUGCCAAUUGAUUCAGUCCUCUUCACUUCUUCUUCUUAUAGCUCAACGUCCAACAUCCAUCGUCCUCAUUUCUUUGAAGGUUUCUGUGAGAAUCUCCCACAAGAAACGAUUCGCAUUGAACUCUGGGUAGGCAAGUGCUCUGGUGGUUGGACACUGGGUAACGCUUACACAGGAUGGAAUUCAGUGUCCCGGAUCAUAAUUCAAGAAGUACCACCAGCCCAAUGUGGNCCGGGCUCACCAGGUCCUUCAGGUCCGCCGGGAAGAAGUGGCGACACGGGAGAAAAAGGUCGGCAAGGAGAUGCAGGAUCCCCGGGUAAACCUGGCUCAAGAGGACCCCGGGGGCACCAUGGGUUGACUGGAGAAAAAGGAGAAAUUGGUAGCGUGGGGGAAAAGGGCAGAGAAGGAAUCCCCGGGAAAAUUGGUCCACGAGGCUACAAAGGCUCUAAAGGAGAAACAGGAAGCAAAGGCAUGAUUGGUACGGGUAUCCCUGGGAUGACUGGCCCCAGGGGUCCCAAGGGACUCAAAGGAGAAAGAGGAAUCGGAAUAAAGGGAGAGAGAGGAGAUGCAGCAAAUAUUGACCCAAAACAGCUGGCAAACUGGAAACAGUGCGCAUGGAAGGGUGAAACGGAUGCGGACAGCGGCAAAAUAAAG